GGGUAUCAUACUGUGGUACUCUAUUGUUAGAGCUGCCACUUGAGUAUCUGGUCAAUAUAAUGAUUAAUCUGUGUUAUUAUACACACUGCAAGGAUGACAAGCUCAUCGGGUCACAUGACCUACAGCUGGUUGGUUUCUGUGGUGCUAGUGCUCCGGUUUGUGUGAGAGAGAGUCCACUCCAGUCGGUGAUGGAUUGCAAACGCAAGAGGACAUAGCCAGCUAAUUCACGAAUACGUUUUUACUAUAAUAAUAGAAAAUACCUGUUUUAAACAUGGGGCAGUGUGGUAUUACCUCAUCAAAGACGGUGCUGGUCUUUCUGAACCUAAUUUUUUGGGCAGCAGCAGGGAUUUUGUGCUAUGUUGGAGCCUACGUGUUCAUCACCUAUGAUGACUACGACCACUUCUUUGAGGAUGUGUACACCCUUAUCCCUGCUGUGUCCAUAAUUGCAGUUGGAGGCCUCCUUUUCAUCAUCGGUCUUAUUGGAUGCUGUGCCACAAUACGAGAAAGCCACUGUGGGCUUGCAACGUUUGUCAUCAUUCUCCUCCUGGUGUUUGUGACGGAAGUGGCAGUGGUGGUUCUUGGUUAUAUUUACAGAUCAAAGGUUGAAGACGAAGUCAAUCACUCCAUCCAGAAGGUGUACAAUGAGUACAAUGGCACAAACACAGAUGCCUCAAGCCGUGCCAUUGACUACGUGCAAAGACAGCUCCACUGUUGUGGGAUUCGCACUUACUCAGACUGGAUGAACACACGCUGGUUUAAUGAGUCUCGAAACAACAGUGUUCCAGUGAGCUGCUGCAAACCUAAUGUCAGCAACUGUACAGGCUCUCUAGCCCGUCCUGGAGACCUCUAUCCAGAGGGAUGUGAAGCCCUUGUUGUGAAGAAACUAAAGGAGAUAAUGAUGUAUGUAAUCUGGGCUGCACUGACGUUCGCUGCAAUUCAGGUAUUUGGGAUGCUGUGUGCCUGUGUGGUGCUGUGCCGUAGGAGCCGUGACCCUGCCUACGAGCUUCUCAUGACAGGGGGAACCUACGCAUAAGAGGAACACACACCUAGGCUGAUGGCUUUGUCAGUGGGGGAUGGUUCACUGGCUUGCCCAAGCUCAGGUUUCCUCUUCUGUAAGUUGAAAAGCUCCUCACACAGUGGCUCAUACUCCACAAUGGUGAUGGGUGAAGUGGUGAAAAACCUAUUUAUUUACAUGCUAUGUAAGUUGGUGUUUUUGACUUUUUUUCAAAAAGCUACAAGCCGAUUCUUAAAUGGUGAUUUAAACAAGGUUUUUUGUUACAGUGAGGGGAAAAAAGUAUUUGAUCCCCUGCUGAUUUUGUACAUUUGCCCACUGACAAAGACAUGAUCA